CCACACGCGUCAGUAUAAUUGUUUUUACAUCGUAGGAAAGACCAACGUCAGUGAAAAGUAUCGCGCACAAAGUUAAAUGGAACUGCCUUCAGACGGAUUAAAAUAAACAAGAAAUCUGUAUGGCCAAUAGUAUUGUGAUCAUCGCACCUAAAAACCAGACGUUGACGAAAAAUUCGGUUGUAACACAAGAUACUUCCUCUUAUCUCCUAGAAGAUUUUCGCCACAAAAUAACCCCAAACGAAAUUUCUUUUGUUACAAGAGUAGCACUUUUACGGUGCAGCGAUAGUGCAAUUUUGAAUUAAUGUGUCAAUUAAAACGUGAUGGGAAUCCACGUAUGUAAACUUCCAUGUGCUCAGAAUAUCUUUCUUAUCGCGCGUGAAUGCGUGUAUACGUAUGCAUCAGCGUGUUUCUUUGUUAUGGAUAACUCCAAGUAAACACAGUCGUAGAUGAGUGUGCGCGCGUGUUUGUAAAUGCAGAUGAUCGCGCGCGACGCCUCAACCUCGGAAGAAAAAAACAACUAAUUUCAUGAUAUAAAUUAGACUGAAAAAGCCAGUAUGGUCAGUUACGUAUCUUAUAUAAGCAGACGAUUGCCAGAGAAGCAUUAUUUGUUUCUUUCGAGGCUUGUCGGAAUUAUGAGGAAUAAAUAUUUAAAAAUCGCUGCCUUCAGCUUGAUCGCAUUGGCAGUCGCAUUUCCCAAGGAAAUGAAUAUACCGCUUGUUAAAAGGGAAAUCGAUCGGAUCAGUGCCAGAGCGGAUUUUACAGCUUGCAGUAAUGAACCUGAAGAAGAGAUGACAACGAUUCAAAUGAUAAAAAGGUGGGGAUACAAGGCAGAAGAGCAUUUUGUAACGACGGAAGAUGGAUAUAUUUUAGCAUUGCAUAGGAUUCCGGGUGCCAAAGGAUCCACUCCGGUAUUAAUGCACCAUGCAUUGCUGGAAAGUUCAUCUUGUUGGGUGAUUACUGGGAAAAGCAAAGCAUUAGCAUUCAUUCUUGCCGACAUGGGUUACGACGUUUGGAUGGCGAAUUCUCGAGGAAACACAUAUUCGAGAAAUCAUACAACAAAGUCACCAUCGAACCAAGACUUUUGGGACUUCAGUUGGCACGAGAUGGGAAUAUAUGACUUACCAGCGGAGAUUAAAUACAUAUCGUCGAUCAAUGAUAAGAGUUUAUUGUAUAUCGGUCACUCGAUGGGAACGACAAUGUUUUACGUGAUGGCAAGUGAACGUCCAGAUGAAGCAGUUAACGUGAAGGCAAUGUUCGGUUUAGCUCCGGUGGCUUUUACUAAUAACAUAAGAGGACCAUUCUACAUAUUUGGCAAUAUUCUACAUUUUCUCCAGGAUAAUGCCAAUCACCAAGGCAAAUAUGAAUUUUUUAAUCAGAAUCAGUAUUUCAAAUUCGCUGCUAAAUGUAUUUGCAGUAGACCAUUGUUAAGGAAUAUUUGCGAUAUUGUUAUCCAGUCGGUCGUUGGUUUCAGUUCUAAACAAUCUGAUGCUAUGCUGCUGCCAUUAGUAUUAACACAUACACCAGCCGGAACAUCAAUGAAAACGAUUAUGCAUUUUGCUCAAGGCAUCCAAUCAAAGCAAUUUCGCCAUUACGAUCAUGGUAUAAAAAUCAACAAUCAACGUUACAAGAAUCCAAUACCACCUGAAUACGAUUUCAGGAAAAUUCAAGUACCGAUCACUUUGUUUUGGGGUCAAAACGACUUUCUUGCUCAACCCAAGGAUGUUAAAAGACUGUACGACCAACUGCCGAAGAAGGUUGCCAUUUACAAAAUUAACGAUCCAGAGUUCAAUCAUCUAGACUUCUUGUGGGGUAUCGACGCACCUAAGCUUGUUUAUUCAAGGCUUAUUGCACUCAUGGACGAGUAUCGUUACUCUAACGAGACAACUUCGACGUAAUUUUAAGCGCUAAGCGUUCUUGAAAGGCAUCCGUAGAUAGGUAGUCAAUAUUACACUUGGUCUUGCAAGACUGAAGACGCUUUACUUAUAUAGCGAUAAUUUUCUUCUGACUGUUUUGGUUUUUCGAAUGGAAAUGCAGAUAUUUAAUGUGUCGAGAUUCGGUGAUCAAUUUUUUUUUCGCUAUUGUGAUAAUAUUCUGAUAGCAAUAACUUAAAUUAUCGAAAUCAGCCCCAACAGAUAGUAUUAACAGCAUAGAUUUUAUGCUUUGAAGAUGGGCGUCAUUUGUAUGUUAGCAUAUUAAGAUCUGUAUUUAAUAAUAUUAGUCUCUUACAAAUUGAUUACAGUUGACUGAGUGUAUAGGUAUCUUAGUAUCUAAGUGUAUUGUUUUGUUACGAAAAUACUCAUAAUACAUCAUUAAAAUGAAUUUUAUAUAAUAUUAAAUGCUUUCGUAGGUCGCUAUUUUGAUCUCUAAUGAAUAGCUAAAAAUUAUUGACAUUCAGAUUAUAGUUAAAGCAUAGCACAUAUUUUUUUUAAGAAUAAUGAGUGCAGUAAAGAAUUCCACUUGGUAUACUUAUAAUUUUAAUGUAACUUGAAUAAAUAACUUAAUAAUUAAUCAUUUAAAACUUUGAAUCAUUUUGAACUAUUAGUAAAAUAAAACGAGAAGUUACCUUU